CGUGUUUUUGUUGCGCGCACAUAGAUGCCCCGCGCUUCGGUGUCCGUCCCCCACGGAAAGAUAGACGAGCACUCGUGGACCGACGUCGCGCCUGGACGAGAGGGUGGCGAGAUGGCUAAUUCCGGAGCGUGACGAACAGUUACAGCAGCAGCAGCAGCAGCAGCAGCAGCAGCAGCAGCGGCGGCGGCGGAAACGAGAGGCGGUUGCGGCAGCAGCCGCCGAAUGAAGCUGGGCCAAGAGGAAGCUGCAGCAUGCCCUCGAAGAAGCAGUACAACCUCGUGCACAAUGACGAGUACGACACGCGGAUACCACUGCACAGCGAGGAGGCCUUCCACCGCGGAAUCGUUUUCCACGCCAAGUUCAUCGGCUCCAUGGAGGUGCCUCGACCGACCAGCCGAAUGGAGAUCGUGGCGGCGAUGCGCCGGAUCCGCUACGAGUUCAAGGCCAAGGGGAUCAAGAAGAAGAAAGUGACGCUCGAGGUCUCCGUCGACGGUCUCAAGGUCACUCUCAGGAAGAAGAAGUUCCCGAUUCUGCAGAAGAAUCAUCACCACCUGGACGAGAGCAAGCUCGCGCUGAUGCACCAUCCGAUCUACAGGAUAUUCUACGUGUCGCACGACAGCCACGAUCUCAAGAUCUUCAGCUACAUCGCGCGGGACGGCAGCGGCAAUUCCUUCAGGUGCAAUGUCUUCAAGUCCAGUAAAAAGAGCCAGGCGAUGCGAGUCGUGAGGACGGUGGGCCAGGCUUUCGAAGUGUGCCAUAAGCUGAGCCUGAACAAUCCCUCGGGCGCUAAUGCGGACGAGCAGCAGCGCAACGAGAAGGACAGGGUCGGCAAUUGCGACGGCGAGAACCACGAUGGCGAACACUACGCGGACGACCGGGACGAGUUUGCCAGUCUGCAGCCGCAGCCAUCGCCUUCGUCCGUUCAUAAAGACAUAUCGCUGCUGGGAGACGCAGAGGACUCAAUCCUGGACCAGCCAUGUCAUCCUCUGCGUUCAAAUCACGAGGUGACCACGACGACGGCACCGACGUCGACCUGUCCGGCAUCGCCUCUACGCCAAUCACCUCUCGGUAUCGCGGAUCAUCAGCUGAUGAACGGCGAACUGACCGCCCUGAAACACGAGAUUCAGCUGCUGCGCGAGCGACUGGACCAACAGAGCCAGCAGACGCGCGCCGCAGUGGCACACGCCCGGCUUCUCCAGGAUCAGCUCGCCGCCGAGACCGCAGCUCGCGUCGAGGCUCAGGCUCGUACACACCAGCUGCUCGUUCAAAACAAAGAGCUGCUGGAACACAUAGCCGCACUAGUGAGUCAUCUACGCGAGCACGAGCGCAUUACCGGUGUGGUGACAACCUCUUCGGCUGUAGGCCAACCGCCUGGACCCGGCCAGAUCACAAGCACGGGUCCGCCUACGACCCUGCCAGACAUCGCCGGCCUCGGCCAGUACAACUCACCGUGGGAUCCGUCUCACUCUCCGGCAGCCGUCUGCUCCUCUCACCUCUAUUCUCCACUAGAGUCGUACUACUCGGGACUGGCGGCUGCGGUCAACAGUCCUCUGGGCUAUUCCACGAUGCCUCGGCCAAACGUUAACGGCUAUGUCGAUGAGCUGAGAUACCAGUCUCUGCUCUGGGAUAAUCUGAGGGCGGCUGCUGCAAGUCCGGUGUUUGGCUCCCAGAUGAUGGGACGGUACUGUCAGCCGCCUCCACCUGGGUUCAAUUUACCGCCCACUGGUCGACCUCGCUCAGCUCAGCCUCCAGCUUCUCCCUCCUCGACUCUACCUCGCCCAUCUCGUCACCCUCGAUCUCCUUCCUCCUACCGCAACUAUCAACAGUCACCUCAACAAUCGCCUCAACAUCGAUCUUUAACUCCGCGGUCUCGUUCCUUGGAGCGUCCCUUCAAUACCAAUGAGUCCCAGGAAGCGUCCUUCAUCAAGCCGCUGCCCAACACCAGAAACCAGAGCACCAAUACCACAGGCAAACCUUCCAGUCUCAAUCUGAAGAACAACUUGCACGAGCUCAUGCGUCCUCUCGUCCUGGAUCAACCGCCUCUUGGGCGAAACAGUAACAGCAAUCUUCAUCAGGAAAGUAAUUGCAAUGGUCAUCUGAGCAUCGCUGUUCAGACCGAGCCGUGUUACAUGCAGAGCCACAGCAAGUACCCCGUGAUUCUAUUAACAGAGUCGAAGACAGAGGACGGCGAGGACGGUAUGCCGAAAAUCGUAGAGAGCGAGGACAGCGGAGAGGAGGAGAGAAACGACGACGUCGCCGAGCUGCCCGUACUCCUGCGGCGCAAUAGUCAAUAGGAAGAGCGAACUUGGUCGAUUUUCGAGUAUGGGACUAUUGUUUCAGGAAGUUGAUUGUAUAAAACUCUCGACUCGGGAAUCGACGAACGGUUGUAGAUUUAUAAACGAGUGAUAGCUUCUACAAUAGAUGAACUAUAUGAAUACAGCGAUUUUUACGGACUUUUUUUCGACUCAUGUAUACUGCGUGAGACAUGUAAUGUAGAAAUAUGUAAGGUUCAAAAAGCAUCAACGGUGAUAAUAAUUGAAUGGCCAAAUACCGACUAUACUUAGAGUGAUAGGAAGUUUGUGACGUUGUGUAUAGAGUGAAACUUUUUUUAUUGCGAGUUGCUUGGAUGUACCAGUUAGCCCGUUUUGUUGUAUAAUUUUGUACAAGUUAAUCCAUGAAACGUCGUUGUUCGAUACCACUCCGUAUACCGUAUAGGUUUCGUUUUCUAUACUCCUCUGUAUGUGUUCUCGUAAGAUUCUCUACUGAAUGAACCCCCGAGUUCGAUAACCAAACUUUUUGUACAUCAAAUCACAAUCAAAAGUAUUAUGAGGUUUGCCAAAAGCACUCAUGUUGUCGAAGCAACUGUUAAACUCGAUAUAAUACAUAUAUUAUCUCAAGCGCUUGAUACGCAUGCCAACAAGUGUAUAAAUAACGCGUACUCGAUAUGCGACUGCGAGUUAUGACUGCGCACACCUGUUCAGCAAUACGAAAUAACAUGAACCGACCGCUAUUAUACACUCGCGCGAAUACAUUAUACGAAACUAGGAUAGAGUAUUUUUUUAACGUUAUAAAGACAACAAUCAUUCGCCGCUGCACAAGAAUAAAAAAAUCCGGCACUAUGUAUACCGAACUUCCCGUUGUACUCGUCCGAAGCGUAUACUGUAUAUACACACACUGCUGCUACUAUGCUGCUAAUAAAA